AUGAGAAACAUGUCCCCAGCUAAGGCCUGGAACAGUUCCUCAGUGACCAUGUUUAUCCUCCUGGGAUUUGCAGACCAUCCAGAACUUCGAGUCCUCUUCUUUGUGACCUUCCUGGGCAUCUAUCUUGUGACCGUGGCCUGGAACCUGGCCCUCAUCUUUCUAAUCAGACAUGACCCUCAUCUUCAGACACCCAUGUACUUCUUCCUCAGAAACUUGUCCUUCAUUGACAUCUGUUACUCUUCCACAGUGGCCCCCAAGAUGCUUGUUGACUUCUUCCAGGAGCAGAAGACCAUAACAUUCUUGGGUUGUGCCACUCAGUUUUUUUUCUUUGUUGGCAUGGGCCUGACUGAAUGUUUCCUCCUGACGGCUAUGGCAUAUGACCGAUACGCCGCCAUCUCCAAUCCCCUUCUCUACACCGCCAUCAUGUCCCAGAACCUGUGUCUACGCAUGGUGGUUGGGGCGUAUGUGGGUGGCUUCCUGAGCUCCCUGAUUCAGGCCAGCUCCAUAUUUCGACUCCACUUCUGCGGACCCAACGUCAUCAACCACUUCUUCUGUGACCUCCCACCUGUCCUGGCUCUCUCCUGCUCUGACAUCUUCCUCAGUCAGGUGGUAAAUUUCCUGGUGGUGGUUAUCGUUGGGGGAACAUCAUUCGUCAUCCUCCUCAUCUCCUACAGUUACAUAGUGGCUGCUGUUUUGAAGAUCCGCUCCAUGGAAGGCCGGAGAAAAGCCUUCAACACUUGUGCCUCCCACCUGAUGGUGGUCACACUCUUGUUUGGGACAGCCCUUUUCAUGUACCUGAGGCCGAGUUCCAGCUACUCAUUUGGCAGAGACAAGGUGGUGUCUGUGUUCUACUCGCUGGUGAUCCCCAUGUUGAACCCUCUCAUUUACAGCCUAAGGAAUCAAGAGAUCAAAGAUGCCCUGUGGAAGGUAUUAGGGAAGAAGAAAGUGUUUUCCUAA